AUGACCGAACAACGUAAUCGGGUUAAAAAAUACGAUGUGGUGGAAGUUUUAAAACGGGACGAUUAUAAGGAAUGGUCGAGUAGCUCGAGCAGCAGGAUAAGCGAACGGAUCGUGUAUCCAACGAAACUGAAAACUUUGCCUCAAGCCGAAUUGCACGAGAUGGAUAAGGUUAUGGCUGACUUGAAAGCCGCGUUGCCAGAUAUAAGCCCCGUACAAGUUAGAAGGUUUUAUAUGCCAUAUCACGAAGCGAUUCUCCUCGAACUCGAAGAACAAAGUUACCACGAAGCGGCCCGUCAGAUGAGCGAGCUUUUAGAAGUCGACGAAAGAAUCGCCCAGAAAUCGGUCGGUGUUCUGUUAUGGAAGAAACCAUCGUUGAAAGAUAACAAGGACUUCAUAGAUCGCCUGAGGGAAGGACUAAUCGCGUUCGAAAAAGCGAAAAGGAAGGGCGAUUAUGUUGCCCGAGCAACAGCACUCUUGGACACCGCGUUGUUCUUCCAGGUGAAAGCUUGGGAAUGGUGGUGGAUAGCCGAGCGCCUUUAUCAAGCCGCCCUUUCAGCAGCAGAAUUCAUCGAGGACGAUAAUCGUCAGACGAUCACCUUGAUUCGGUACCUAUACGGUCGAUUCCUCUUUCACGAAUUGCAGAACCCAAGGGAAGCUUUGGACUACCUGAACGAGGCGCGCGAGGCAUCCGAGAAGAAAACGUGGAACGCUUCGAAGAAACUGGCCGAGAAACAAGGUUCCAUUUUCAAGGAAUGCAACGUCCUGUUGUACAAGGCUCUGUUGAUACUCGCCCGGAAGGAUCGACCCAACAAUCCCGAUGCAGCGCUGAAAGCUUGUCUGGAAGCCCUGGAAAGAGCUACGACCGCUGGCGAAGCGGAAUAUCUUAACGAAACUCUCUACGAGCUCGGGAAAAGUUACAUAGCGGUCAAUGAUGUCAGACGCGCUCUGCAGACUUUCUCGAAACUGCUGGCUGUAGCGAGGAGGGUUCCGGAUGCUGAGGGUGUCUGCAACGCGCAUAUGGAAUUAGCUUUCGCGUAUAAGCAAUUGGACGACACCGCUCACACGGAGAAACACUUACGGAUGUUUCGGGAGAACGCCGAGAAAUUGAGACUUUUCGAGAAACUCGCGGACGCGCAUUACUACACCGGCGAGCACUACUUGAGUCAGGGCAAUCUGGGAGUGUCUACUGUUCACUUGGAGAACGCUUUGAGUCUGUACAACAAACUUGGCUUGUCCCACGAAGCCGAUCGGGCCAGAUGCAUCGCGGGAAUUUCGAAGGGUCAGGAGAGAAUCGAGGAGUACUUGAGUUUGCUUCUGCGAUGUGGCGUCCAUGAUGAAAACGCGACGCUGAAGAUCUGUCGGUGGAAAAGCUCGAGGGAGCCGUUUUGGCUCGAGGAGGUGCACGAAAAAACUUCGGAGUUUGAGGUGCGGUACGAAUCCUCCGAAGGGACGAUUUCAUCAAAUCUGUCAGUCACAAAGUCAAAGCUGAGCAAACGUAUGCCAAUAAAAGGAUUUGUGAAUAUAAUGUACUCUAGCUUCGUUUGUUAA